AGGAUUUUAUACAAAUAAUAAUAUCUGAAUUGACAAACAUAAUCUCAAUUCUCAAACUCAAAAUUAGCAAGUUGAAACUCAAAUUUUACAACUCAAAAACUCUCUGUCACUCUCCAACCCUUUUUGACCGUAUGUAGUUUGAAUCAAUUUCUUUCUUUCUUCCUUUUCCUAGAUUUUUCUUCUUUAUUCUUUUUAAAUAUACAUAAUUCCAAGCCUCUGUUAUUUUUUUAUCAAUCAAUCUGUAAAUGGCAGAUGUUAUUCGGGUAUCUUCAUUUCAGUCGCUUCGCUUUUCGUCUUCUUUGGUGCUGGGUUCCUUCGCCCCCACGUUGAAUUCCCUCGCACCUAAUAAGAUUCUGGAUAAGAAAUUUUAUCCCCUUGUUUGUUCUUCUGCUGCUGGUUUUUCUCGCAUUUCUUUCACACCCAAGAAGAACUUUCUCUCUUUCAAGGUCCAUGCAACUGUUGCUCAGACUGACCAGCCAAAAUGGUGGGAAAAGAAUGCUCCAAAUAUGAUUGACAUUCAUUCUACUCAAGAGUUUUUGGGUGCAUUAAGUCAAGCUGGAGAUAAAUUAGUCAUUGUUGAAUUUUAUGGAACCUGGUGUGCAUCUUGCCGAGCAUUAUUUCCAAAGCUUUGCAGGACAGCUGAGGACCACCCGGAAAUCUUAUUCCUGAAAGUCAAUUUUGAUGAGAACAAGCCAAUGUGCAAAAGUUUGAAUGUGAAGGUUCUUCCUUAUUUUCACUUUUAUCGAGGAGCCCACGGACAGCUGGAAUCGUUUUCAUGUUCACUUGCUAAAUUUCAAAAAAUAAAAGAUGCCAUCCAACAGCACAACACGGCUCGAUGCAGCAUUGGUCCGGCCAAGGGAGUCGGAGAUCUAAGUCUUGAAGCUAUUUCCUCUCCAAUAGACAAGCCAGCUGGAUCAAAUUAAGCAAAGGAUUUAAGAAUUAAGCAUUAAGCAUUAAUUUAUAAAUACGUGAUAGUGUUACCAUGUAUGUGGCUUACUGGUAUUUCUGUAUAUUGGCAUUUUUCUUUUCUCUGUAAAAGAACUGCAGAAGAUUACUGUCGGCUUCGGGCUUCAUUCUUUGUCAUUCUUGGCCUAGUUGUGAUAUAUAUUUAAGUUAAAAAUACUGGAGUGGAAAUGAAUUUUCGUGUUCUGAAUA